AUGCGCCUGAUAAAAAACAAAAUCGAGCACGGUGGCUCGGGGACAGUCACACUCUCUCCAGAAGAACCCGAAGAUAUGUGGCAUGCAUACAACCUAAUCCGACCAGGCGAUCUCCUCCGCGCAAGCGCCAUCCGUCGCGUCACCAACGUCCAAGACACCGGUUCCACGACCUCAUCGCGCGUGCAUCUGACUCUCGAGAUCCGCGUCAAGAAUCUGGACUUUGAUCCGCAGAGCUCUCAACUCCAUGUAUCUGGUCAGAUCAUGAAUGAGACUUCCCACACGAAGAUUGGCCAGUACCAUACUCUCGAUCUAGAACUGAACCGCAACUUCACAUUAGAAAAGGAAAUCGGGGCCGAUGGCGAGGGUGUGGGCUGGGACAGCAUUGCUGUUGAGAUGCUCAAGGAUGCCGUGGACGAGGGCGGGAAACGGCGUGCCGAGGCUGUUGCUGUCGUGAUGCAGGACGGUCUGGCGCAUAUCUGCUUUAUCGGCCAGUUCCAGACUAUUCUCAAGCAGAAGGUUGAGAUGUCGGUGCCUCGGAAACGGCAGGGCGGAGGGGAUCAUGAUAAAGGAAUGAACAAGUUCUACCGGGUGACGCUCGAAACGCUCCUACGACAAAUGGAAUUCAACACCAGUAUCACAUCAGGGAAUAACAACGAAGCCGUGCGGCCGGUCCUCCUCGCCUCGCCGGGAUUCGUGGCCGCAGGUUUCCAGAAGUAUAUCCAGUCCGAAGCAGCGACAACCACGCCAGCACUCAAACGACUACUACCCAGUAUCGUGGUCGUGCAUUCAGCAUCGGGCUACAUGAACUCGCUCGCCGAGGUUCUACAGUCGCCUGCAGUCAAAGCCAUCCUGGCUGACACUAAGUACGCGCGCGAGACCAAGCUGAUGGACGACUUCCUGGAGCAGCUGCGCAAGGAGACAAACAAGGCGACGUAUGGUCCACGAGAGGUAGAGUCAGCCGUGGAUCAGGGCGCCGUCGGCCGCGGCGGCGGCGUGCUCAUUGUUUCGAACCGACUGUUUCGUUCGCAGGAUGUUGCUGAGCGGAAACGCUGGGUGUCGCUCGUGGACCGCGUCCGCGAUGUCGAGGGCGGCGAGGUGCGGGUGCUCAGUUCAGAUCAUGAGAGCGGCAAGCGUCUCGAUGGACUGGGCGGCAUUGCGGCACUCCUGACCUUCCCGAUUCCGGAAGAGGAACUGGAUUCGGACGAAGAAUGA